ACAUUAUUAUGUUUACACGACCACGUUCCACCCACAUCUCCCUCAGAAUCAGAUGUGAGUCAUAUGACAUAGCUUACAGUCCCACUACAUCUACUAUGUGAACCAAGGAUUUAUAUCUCUAUAUUAACAGAUGACAGGAUGAUUUUGAAAGCUGUACUUCUGCUGGUUGUGUUGCCAUUGGCAACCUUUGGUCAGACAUGUCCAGCUGAGUGUACCUCAUGUGAUAGUGGUAUAGCUAAUUGUCUUGGUACUGGAAUUAGGGACAUCCCUAGAAAUUUCCCAAAUACUGUCACUACUAUGGACCUCUCCAGUAAUCAAUUAACGGAACUUUCCAGUAGUAGUUUCCAGGAACUAACGUCACUUCAGACCCUUCGUAUGUCUGGUAACGGCAUCAGUGAAGUUUUGGACCGGUCCUUCAAAAGUCUGCCUUCCCUAAUGAGUAUAGACUUAUCUAACAAUCCUAUAGUCUUUAUUCAAGAUAAAGCCUUCGACGGACUCGCACAUCUACGUUUGUUAUCUAUUACCAGCACAAGAAUCUCAAGGAUUGGAAGGUCCCUUAAUGGUCUUGAUUCACUACAUACAAUUAACAUGGUAUCCAAUCAAAUAGAGUCACUUGAAGAUGAAAAUUUUGAACUGAGCACCAACUUAAGGAUGAUUGAUCUUAGCCAAAAUCAGAUCACAAGAAUUUCACCAAAGACUUUUGCCAAUCUGAAAUUGUUGAGAUAUCUGAGUUUGAGCUCAAAUCCCAUUGUACGUGUUCCUGAAUUACAAUUUGGAUCUAAUAUUUUACAACUUGUUGAUUUUACAAAUUGUCUAUUAGAAGAUGUCCCAGGGAAAAUGCCAGCAUCUGUAGCAGACUUCCGCUUGGGAAAUAACAAACUGACAGAAAUAAAAGCAGAACAUUUUGAAAACAUCACUAACUUACAUUUGAUAACAUUAAACAAUAACCAAAUAACCAAAGUGGACGACAAGGCUUUUGGGUAUUUAGACAGACUGAUGGAAAUAUGGCUUAGUAAUAACCAACUAAAGUCCAUUCCAAGACUUCUCCCAAGAAACAUUCACAAACUCUUCCUUGAUCAUAAUGGGAUUUAUGAAAUAGCACAGAGAAACUUUGCAAUCAAUUCACAAUUGGAAGUUCUCUCCCUUGAUACCAACAGAGUUGAGCGUAUUGCUGAGGGUGCUUGGGAUGAAAUGCCAAAGCUGAGAAGUGUCAACCUCAACGCCAACAAUUUACAGGUUUUGACGCCAGGGGCUUUUGUUAAUAUACCCAGUCUAGAAUGUUUAAAACUUUCAAAUAAUCCAUUAAAGCUAAUUGAGAAAGAUGCCAUGAAGGAUCUACCCAAGUUGAAUGAAAUCAGUCUCUCUUACUUUCAAACUACUACCACACAACUAAACCGUGACUUCAUACAAGCAAUUUCUAACGCUGAAAAUGUCAACAUGAUGAACAGCCCAGGUUUAGUCAAAUCAUUUCUCAAACUGGUCCAACAACCCAACAGUGAAGUAAUGGAAAAAACAUCUAUUCUUGCUUUACAGUAUAAUGAACUAGAAAGUUUACCAGAAAACCUCAAACGUACCCUACCAAAUGUGAAGAAGUUAUUUUUAGAUGGAAACCCCUUGUAUUGUGAUUCAACAUUGAAAUGGCUACAAGAAUGGAUGAAAAGAUCGGAUGAUAUUUCAUUUUAUAAUAUUGACCCUCCAGUCUGUGCAGCCCCAAAGGAAAUAGAGGGAAGGGAGUUAACCAGCCUUGAUAACAGUGAAUUUGUUAAACCAAGGGAAAUAACUCAACAAAGUGAUACACAAGAGUUAGUCGUCAGUGUUUCUAGGGGUGAUCUUGCUCAACCAAAAAACACUCAGGACAACAGCAGUCCAGAUAUCAAGCCUACAAAGUUGAAGAAGAAGAAGAAGAAGAAAAAUAAAAAGAACAAGAACAAGAAAAACAAAAAGAGGAAAAAUAAGAAAAAUAGAAAAGGAAAGAAAAAGCGAGAUCGAAGUAGAAUCAAAAGGAGACAUAAAAGAUGUGUUGUUGAUGCUAGUGGGAAAAAGAUUUGUCCACGCAGACAACGCAGAUGUACAGUUGGACCUGAUGGAAAGAGAAUUUGUAAAAGGAAGAACAAGAAAGGAAAGAAAAAUCAAGUUUCUUCCCCUAUACCUGUAUUGCAAGGAUAGAAUAUUAGGAAGAACGUGAUAUGUAUAGCUGUAAUUAUCUACAGACGUAGUAAUAACAUUGAAAAUUUAGUGAUGACAAUAGUUUUGAUGAUUUAGUUUAUGUGUUGAUAUAACAAAACUUUUUAUAUUUCUAUUGUAAAUUCCAAGCCUGAGGUCUUGACAUUAUAAAAUCCUUAAAAGAAUCUCUUGACUUUUUUAGGGCUUUCAAUUUUUUUGCUUCAGGUUAUACAUAAGAUGGAUUUAUCUUCAUCUUUACAACUUCACCUUCUUUGAUCAAAAGUUAAUUUAAAACACAAUCAAAUUACCAGUAUAUUGCAUCUGAGUAUAUUUUGUAUCAUUUUCAGUACUUUUUUAUUUAUUUCUAUACAAAACAAGGUCAAUAAUAUGAAAGGUCUAUCAAUGUAAUAUUAUGUUUGGUUCUUACAACAAAAUUAAUUUAUUUUUGAAUAUAUCAGAGUUCAGUUUUGAUAAUUUUAAGUAAAUACAUUAAAUGAGGAUAUUUUCGCAGGAUUUUAUUUUCACAAUUUCAAGGCAUCAACAUUUCAUGCAGGGGUAAAAUUUGUGUUUUAACAAAAUAAGUUAGCCCUUCAUACCAAUAGUGUUACCUUGUCAAACUAUUCAUGCAGGAGUUUUUUUUCACAAAUUUCAUGUGAUCAUGAAAUAGGCAAAAAAUAACAACAGUUAAAAUCAUUGUUAAAAAUUCUUAAACAAUAUAAAAAAGAAGAUGUGGUAUGAUUGCCAAUGAGACAGCUCUCCACAAGAGAGACCAAAUGACACUGUUUAUGCACAGUUCUAAAUAAAUCAGAUUUAUGUCAUGAAAUAGUUUGUAAUCUAGAUAUACAUUGAGAAGACUUUAAUAAGUUUGUAACUUAAGUCUUAUCCAUUACUAUGUUUAUCAUUUUAGUUUUGACAAUAAAUAAAAAUUAAAAAAAAUUGACCAA